GAUGAACGGGCUCAGAAGAACCGUCAAAAGCAGCAGUUUCAUCCUCAGCCACUGUGAUAUUCUCACUAUUAACACAGAGUAGUGGCCUUGAAGAGCUUUUAUCCUCGUCAAGACCGGCGAUGUGAUAAAGGGAAACACAACCUCAUCGCAGCGAGCCUCGAGCGCAGGGAAAAAAGUGAAAAAUUUCACGCUUUCCUAAGAGCACAAUUAAUACCCGUGAGAAGCACUCAUAUUGUAUGAGAUUUAGGCCCCUGAGGACGUUUCUUCGGUGGUUCAAGAUGUCAGAGCAAGAAGCGUUGGGCGAGUUUACGCCUGUCACUGAGGGAAGUGCCACCAUUCUCUUCCCUAAGAAAGAGGAUGUGUUCUACAACCCGGUUCAGCAGUUCAACAGAGACUUGUCAGUGCUGUCCAUACGUGCCUGGUCUGAGCUGUACGGCGAUGCUCUGGUGAGCAAGAAGCGCAAGCGUGACACAGACCAGGUUGACAGUGAUAAGCCUUACAUUUCGAUCCUGGAGGCGCUGAGUGCCUCUGGCUUGCGUGCCAUUCGUUACGCUAAGGAGAUCCCCAAGGUGUCGUCAGUAGUAGCCAACGACUUUUCUGAAGAUGCUGUCAGAUCCAUAGUGAGAAACGUUGAGCAUAACAACGUCUCACAGGUUGUUAAGCCAAACAGAGGAGAUGCCAAUGCCGUGAUGCACGAGUCAAACUUCAAGGGGAAACACUUCAACGUCAUCGACUUGGACCCUUAUGGAACAGCAUCUCCAUUCAUAGACGCUGCGAUCCAAAGUAUAGGCGAAGAUGGACUGUUGCUUGUCACUUGCACAGAUUUGGCUGUGCUGGCCGGUGGUGGGUAUCCAGAGAAAUGCUUUGCUCUCUAUGGAGGCUCUGCGAUGAUCAACCACGAUGCUAGCCAUGAAGCUGCGUUGAGAUUGGUGCUGGGAAUGAUUGGCAACACUGCUGCAAAGUAUAGAAAGUCAAUUGAGCCAAUGUUGUGCCUCUCCAUUGAUUUCUACGUUAGACUGUUCAUCAAAGUGAAGACGAGCCCAAUCGAAGUCAAGGAAUUGGCCUCCAAGACCGGCUCUGUCUACAUGUGUUCAGGUUGUGGUGCUACAGAGGUUCAACCUUUGGGGAAAGUCACUGUGAGGGACAACGGCUCAAAGAAGUUUGGACUAGCACAGGGAUCGUGUGUUGGCUCGCACUGCUCCUAUUGUGGGUAUGUUAACCAUGUUGCCGGUCCAAUGUACAUUGGCAAGCUGCAAAAUGACAACUUCAUUUCAAAGGUUUUGGAAUUGAACGAGAAGGUUGAUGAUGAGACCUACAAGACAAGAAAGAGAAUUGAAGGUAUGCUGACGUUGGCCAAGAAUGAAAUUGAGGCUCCGUUCUACUUCAAGCCGGAAAAGGUGUCUUCUAUUCUAAAGUUCCAAGUUCCUCCAUUGAAAUCAGUGAUUGCAGCAUUGGGAAACUUGGGUUAUGAUGCAUCACUAACACACGCCAUUCCAAGUGCUGUGAAGACGAAUGCUCCUUGGAGAGUGAUAUGGGCUAUCUUCAAGUCAUAUGUUGUUGAAAAGGAACAAAAGGACAUUUCAAAGAUGAACGAGAACACCGCUGGUUAUAAGAUCAUGACCAAUGCCGAUGUUAAAGUAGACGACGAUGCUAAGGUCUCCUUUGAAUUGAAUGAGCUGAGUAAGAAGGUUGAGAAGCUGAGAAAGUUGAAGAUCAUUAGAUAUCAAGAGAAUCCUACAAAGAACUGGGGUCCAAAGGGUAAGCCGAAAUAAGCAUGUUUGCUCUCUUUGUUGUAUAGUUAUUUAACGGUAUAAAACUCACGUGGUACCAUCGACUGGCCAUUGUGCCUU